AUGUCCCUCAACAAUUGGGCCGCCCUUCCUCUCGAGCUACAGGCUCUUAUACUCGGCCGUCUGGAGGUGGCCGACUACCUCCGGUUCGGUGCCGUCUGCCGCUCAUGGUGUUCGACGGUGGCCGAGAGGCCUUGCCUGCCGAAGCCGCAGAUCCCAUGGCUGAUGCUUUCCGAUAGCACGAGGGAUCCCGACACCCGUCGCUUCUUCAGCCGCCCGGACCAGAAGAUGUACAAAAUCCACCUCCCGGAGAUCCACGGUCGCUUGUGCAUCGGAUCCUCCGAGGGGUGGCUGAUCACCGUCGAUGAGCUCUCGGAGCUGCACGCUCUCAAUCCGCUCACCGGGGCAUCCUUGGCCCUCCCAUCCGUCGCCACGUUCUUCGAUGUCGCCGGUGUCGUCCGUGACUCCGAUGGCCACAUCACCGACUAUGUCAUCGGCUAUGAUAACCUGGGGGAGGUGCCGCAUGAAGUGGAGCACAUGCGCGUGUACUACUAUUUGAAGGCAAUCCUCGAUCCCUCCUCUGCAGCCGUGGCAGUCAUCCACGGAGAAUUCAACGAUCUGUCAUUCGCGCACGCUGGGGACGAAUCAUGGACCGCGCUCCAACCACCACUUCCGCAGAUCUUCUGUGACAUCAUCUUUCGCAAGGGGCUGCUCCACGCUGUGGCCAUCAGCGGGGCACUCGUAGUUUUCGAUCUCGAUGCCCCGGGCUCGCCGGUGGUAGUGACAUGUGUAGAACGUCCCCAUUCGCAAAAGUGGGAGCAGCGGGGCUGCUGCUUCAAUCAAAAGUACCUGGUGGGGUCACCGGACGGUAAGGAUCUGUUCCAGGUGUGGAGGGACUCGCGGUGGUUACCGGUGGACGGGAAUAGCUGGAGGGAGUCCAUCCUUCCUGGUGAUGCGAGGAUGACUGUAGCAUUCACCAUCUUCAAGCUCGACGAGAGACGGAACGAGUGGUCCGAGGUGAAAGACCUGGGUGAUCUCGCCCUGUUCCUCGGGCAUAACCACUCGAUGGCACUGUCCACGCGCGAAUUCCCCGAGCUUACGAGCAGCAGCAUCUAUUUCACCGAUGGCUACAGAGAUGGGUACGAAAUGGAUCAGCAAGUCAUCCGUGAUGUCGGAGUGUUCAAUUUGACAGAUGGAAGUUUCCAGCCCUAUGAUUUUCACUCGAUCGAUUAUGAGUGGAAUUGGCCGCCACAGAUCUGGUUCACUCCAGCUCCUUUCUCAAGCAUGCCAACCGCAAGUUCCAAGCCAUGA